CUGGCAUGUCUGUGGUGAGGGUAUUCAUAUCAUUCCAAGAAUACCAGCUAGUGAAUAUAAUCAGUGAACCAAUUCUCUGCAGUCUACACACAUCUCUGAGUUCCUAGCAGAAACUAUAAUAUGGGACAGGAACAGUCUGCUGAGAAACAGGCCAGUAAUGCUGCUUGGAGUGGUGAUGUAAGCAAAGUGAAGUCCCUGCUGGCACGUGGGGCCAACCCCAACCACCCCGAGUACUAUCUAUUACACAAUGCUUGUAGGAAUGGUCACCUGGAGAUAGUGAAGGCACUUGUUGAGGCUGGAGCAGACACUGGGAGAUGGGAUAAUCAGGGCAUCUCUCCAGUUCAUUGUGCAGCCAAGUGGGGUCAUAAGAAGGUGUUAGUUUACUUGAUCAGGGAUUGCAAGUGCAGCGCUGAUGCCAGGGACCGGUACAACAAUACUCCACUCCACUAUGCAUGCUCUGGUGGUCACCUAGAUGUGGUACAGUACUUGGUGGAGGAGGCCCACUGUGACAUCAAUGUACGGAACAACAACAACCAGACUGUACUUCAUGCAGCCUGCGUCCGAAUUUUACUUCGGCUUCAAAAAAUCAAAUCAGUCUGGUAUGAAAAAGUUCCCCGUCAGCUUGCAUUGGCGCAGUACUUGGUUGAGAAGGCUAACUGUGACAUCAAUGCAACCGAUAAUGAAGGCAGGACACCCCUUGACAUAGCUAAAGGGAUAAGUGGUUACGAGGACAUUGUUGACUACCUCAAGACUCGACAAGAAUCAUCUAGACAACCAGGAAAAGAUGGUGUUGGGAGUCAAACAGCUGUUCCACUCACACAAGACGAGGCUGAUGCUCUGCAGAAGCUUUUCGAGGGAGCACAAGUCACCAUUGGUCAUCCCAUUGUUGCUGGCACAACCACUCUGGAGGAUGUUCAGCAGCUGCUUACUCAGAGAGGACUGGAGAUUAUGGCCGACGACCUCAGGACAAAACUCAGACUAAUUAUGACUGAGCAACAAAGAAACCUCGAGAUACUCAACAAUCUAAUGACAGAUGAAGACACUAUCGAUGUUUGCUACCCAAGGCUAUUUCUUGUUGGGCCGCCAUCUGUUGGCAAGACGACCACACUCAAUCGACUGCUGGGGGAGUUUGAGAACAUUGACUCUGCUAGAGACAAAGCCAAGCUUAGAAGCACACUGCUUGCUAACUGCAAACAAAUACUUGCUUUCGUUAAUGAAGACACAACAAAAUGGUUGUCAUCCAAAGAUGUUGACGAAGAAACAAAGCUAUUGUUUGGUUACUUGCGUGAAUCUAAGUCUGAAACCACUCCUAACAAAGAGAGAAGCAUCGCAACCUCAACCGAUUCUCCUGUAUUAAUACGCAUGCUAAGAACUCUGUUUAAAUACACCACACAAUUAUUUUCUGAAGAAAACAGACCACCACUACACCAAGCCACAGCUGCUCAGCGUACGAUGACAAUGAGUCAACCAAAAAACAAACUAUUACCAAUAAAAUCAGAAUUACAACAGCUAAUAAAGAAUGCGGAUUAUUCCAAAAUGGCUGAUUUCCUUGGCGAUAUUUUACUGAAUAUUCACGACAUCGGAGGUCAGCCAGGCUUCUUAGAAAUGCUACCAGCCCUGAGCACUGGUCCGGCCAUGUACCUAGUGUUCUUAGAUCUCAGUAAGGAACUUGACAAGCUGUACAAAAUACCUUUCAGUCGAGAUGGUAUGGAAAUUAUUCCCUUCAAUUCUGUUCACACUACAGAAGCCACAAUCUCUCAAAUCCUCACCUCUAUUGCCAGUGUCCAUUGCAUCUCAAGAGAUCCCACUCCUCUUAUUGAUGUUGGCAGAGCUAGUGAUGCUCUUAAAGAAAGAAUUAAAACAUUUAAACAAGUUAAACCGGUAGCAGCCUUGAUAGGCACACACAAAGACAAGCUGACCGACCCCGAGAGACAAAUCAGCGAGAAAAAUGAGGCACUUACAAAAGUUCUCCAAAAAUUCCCUGAAAUUAUUAUUUCUCCUGGAUCAGAACAGCAGAAUAUUGAGCACAGCGAACCUCUAUACGGAGCCCGUACACAAUUAGAUUCAAAAUCUUGUUUCUUCUCAGUAGAUAACCUCAAUGGAACUGAAGUGUCUGACAUCGGCCCCGUUCGUAAUUUCUUAAGUCGAAUAAUUUUGUCUCGCUUCAAAAAUGCUUCUCUUCCAAUUCGACCGAAAUGGCUCAUUUUUGGGUUGCUUCUUCGAAAACAAUUUCAAAUAGCUACAAUUGAAGAUUGCUUUGAAUUAGGAGAAAUGCUAGAAAUGCAGAAAGAAGAAGUAGAAGUGUGUCUCUGGUAUCUUCACAACUGUGUUGGUACGAUCCUCCGUUACACCAACGUACCUGGUGAUGACGGUUGGCUCAAGGGUCAUGUGAUCUGCACCCUUCAAGCUAUCUUUGAUAGCAUCAGCCAGUUUAUUCUCCUUUCUAUGCGAACGCUUCACUCAGGAGGUCCAGUUACCGACUACGAGCAAGCCGAGUUGGUUAAGAAGGGACAGUUCUCGAUCAAAUCCAUUGAGAUGUGUUGCAGAAACGUGGAAAUUUCUGAACUCAUUCCCGCAAAGCAUCUCAUUAAGUUAUUGGAGCAUGUCAAACUUCUGUCCCCGAUAUCUCAUAAGGAUAAAUCAUCAGCGAAAGUUGUUCGCACUACCUACUUAAUGCCGGCUGUUUUGGAAUGUGCUUCACAAGAGGAGCUGGCGAACCCACCUCCACCAGACACCAACAACCCAGAACCACUCCACAUUAGAUUCAGCUUUGGUUACGUACCAACAGGAGUCUUCUGUGGGCUCAUCACUCGACUAGUUUCCCAAGGCCGCCAUGGAAUACUCGGAUUGACGUGGAAGUUGGUGGAAGAUGGUGUCAAGAGAAACUGCGUCUCUUUUCUGAUUGCGAAAUCAAAUAAGAUAACGUUAAUAUCUCAUGAAAGGAGUUACGAAAUACGAGUUACUCGAAAUCACGCCCGUCUCUCCCUUCAUGACCUUUGCACCUAUGUUCUCUCGGUAGUUCUCUACACUCUCACGAACAUGUACGAGCAGCUAGUCCCACAAGUGGCGUUCCAGUGCCCAUGUCCUGGUCACAGCUCAAGCAGAGAUCACAAUUCCUUGUGUAUUCUGACGGAAGAUGUAUGGAUUCAGUUUCUGUGUGGCAGUAAUCCCGUUACCUUGAGGAAGGAGCAGACAGUUUGGCUUGGAAAGACCAAGAAGGUUGGUGAGGAAGCUGAACUAGAGGUGCUAAAGUUUACUGAGGAAGGUUUCUCCUUCCACUGGACUAAAGAGGGCUCCAGACGCCAGAUCAAGACAACUGAUGAUCGGCCCAACACUCUGAGCUUCCCGAGUGUGAGAGAGGAGGACUUUGGUCACUACCAGUGUGAGGUGAAGGAUACAGCUGCUGGGAAAGUGCUCCUCACUCUCUACAGAGCUCUCUACAAAGAGGAGUCAAGUGAAUUCUCUACUGAAAGGAAUGAAGAGCCAAAAAGCAAUGACACUAAAUCUAUUGUAAAGACGCCAUCAUCAGAUGAGGGGUCCCUGUCACCAGAAAGGCUCCAACCCUCAGCAGCUCCAGUCCAGAGAGCAGAAACUCCAUCAGCUGGUGGUGACAGUCAAUUCCGUACUCAAAAAGGACCACCCGCUAAUCGAGUCGCUCUCCAAGAACUAAUGGGACGAUACAAUCUGACUAACGAGCAACUCAACCGUGAAAUAAGUAACCCUAAUUUUUCCUACCUGGCCAUAUAUUUCGAUGAUGUGGAAAUUUAUUCGAAUGCCAUGGGACUAGCUUCUGCUGAACAAGCCGAUGUGAAGAGGUUAUACCAUAGCGAAGGUUCCCAAGCAGCCAUGUUAAAGUGUUUGAAAAUCUGGAAACAACACAAUUCUUCUCAAGCAAGUUACAGAGCUCUACUGGAUAUCAUACUGAGAUUGGGGAAAGGAGACACAGCUGAUAAAAUCUGUCAGCAAUUGACCCAACACAUGUUCAGAAGAUUCUAGAUACAGCCUCUAGUCGACUAGAACCCGGACCAUGGGCGUUUUUCUCAGAAUUGCGUCCGCUUCCAAGAGGCAGAUGACCUCUCAGGCUCCACUUUUCUUACCUACGCAAUUCCGCCAUCUUUAAAUGACUGCCACAGCAACGCACAUGGCAACUUAUGAGGUGGGCGUGGCUGUGACAUCGAUAAACACAAAACCUCUUUUCUUCAGCUCAGCUCUCCAUUCACUCACUUCAUGUAUGCUAUUUAUCCUAGAUGCAUGCACUAAAAAACAUUUGCAAUGUGAACGUUGCUAGGAUUGCCAGGAAAAGAAAAGCACGAAAAAGCGAAGAAACAAGAAAUUCGGCGAGUGCAUAACUCCAAUCCGUUACAACGUCAUGAACAUGUACAGUCGAGUGGCCUACUGUUGAUAAGGAAUUUUAAAAUCGAAAUAUAGAUUGGAUAAACACACAGUCAUUGGUCUUUAUCUGCUCAUGAAUAUAACUUGGAAUACUCCCAUCCACACAUCCAACACUUGCGUGUUUGCUCAACACUGUAAGGGAGUCAUAAACAUAUAACUAUAGCCUGCAAAAAAUGUACAUAAUUAACAUCACUAUAAUUAUUACUUGCAAUGUGAAAGGAUUGGCCAGGAAAAGUACCAAAACAAAAAUAAUAAUUAUUAAUAACUUAUUGAAACAGUACAUGUUCAUGACGUUGUAACGGAUUGGAGUUAUGCACUCGCCGAAUUUCUUGUUUCUUCGCUUUUUCGCGCUUUUCUUUUCCUGGCAAUCCUAGCAACGUUCACAUUGCAAAUGUUUUUUAGUUUUGAUAAUUAUAGGAUUGACAGUGCAAUUGUGUGUUUUCAAUUAUUGCACAAAUUAUCACUCUGUUCAUAAUUAUAUACAUUUCCACUUGUUGGUGUCUAUAUAGCUAGACUGCACUCUCAGCUGGUGCACUGUUGAUAUGACAACCUGUAGUUUAUCAAAAUGAUCU